CCGACCCCGCCUAUCCUAGCGCUUCUUCACACAUGCACACGCACUGCACAGAAUCAGUCUCACAGCCACCCACACAUACCCUUGCCUGGACAGGAUGGUCAAGAAGGAAUCACAUUCAUCUGAUCACCUCACUGGAGAUUCUCAUAGAAGGAUAAUGACGACUAAACUGGCAACAGCCAUAGCUGCUUUCUUUCUUUUGGCAAGUAUAGCCGUCAUUAUCGCGAUAUCUACAGUUCAGGUGAAACAGAAGACUUACAUUUCCCCUGGACUUAAGUAUGGUAUUGUGCUGGAUGCCGGCUCAUCCAGAACAACAGUAUAUCUGUACCAGUGGCCAGCCGAGAAAGAGAACAACACCGGGAUUGUGACACAGACUACAAAAUGUCAGGUUAAAGGUCCUGGUAUCUCAGAGAUGAAUUUAGAAGCCUGGAACAGUCUUAAAAGUUGUAUGGAAGACAUGAAGAGUGCUGUCCCUCCACAUCAACAUAAAUCAACAGCCAUCUUUCUCGGAGCAACUGCUGGAAUGAGACUGCUCCAACAGAAGAAUAAAGGGGAGUCCAAUAAUGUCCUGACAUCCAUGCAAGACUAUCUUCGUUCUUUGCCAUUCGAUUUCCAUAAUGCUUCAAUCAUCUCUGGUCAGGAAGAGGGGCUGUAUGGGUGGAUCACUGUCAACUACUUGAUGGGAAACUUCUUGGAGAAAAAUAUAUGGAAUGCUUGGGUUCAUCCUCAUGGAGCGCAGACCGUGGGGUCACUGGACCUGGGUGGAGCCUCCACUCAGAUCGCUUUCGCUGCCCCAUCUGAUGCCACAGGAGAGGAUCUCAUCAAAAUUUCUCUCUAUGGCUAUGAAUACAAUGUUUACACACACAGCUUCUUGUGCUACGGCAAAAAUGAGGCUGAAAAAAAAGUUUUGGCAGAGCUUGUGAAGACAUCCUCUGGUCGGUUACCUAUAAAUCACCCAUGCUACCCUCUUGGCUACACCUUCAUCAUAUCUGGAGAAGACGUCUUUGGCAGUGAGUGUACAAAGAAUGUCACUCCAGUUUGGUAUAACACCGGGAAGACCUUCAGUUUCAUAGGACAGAGCGAUCCAGCCAAGUGCAAAUCUUUAGUCAUGAAGAUUUUUGACCUGAGGACCUGUAAUACGACAGGAAAAUGCUCAUUUAAUGGAAUAUACCAACCACCUGUCACAGGUGACUUCAUGGCCUAUGCAGGAUUUUACUACACAGCUGGGGCUUUGGAUUUGAAGGGCUCUAACAGUCUGGAGAAGUUUAACUCCACCAUGUGGUCAUUCUGCUCAAUGGACUGGAAAACACUCAAGAAAAACUACAACAUCACAGAUAAACACUUGAAAUCAUAUUGUUACUCUGCAAACUAUGUUCAUACAAUUCUUGCAGAUGGCUACAAGUUUAAUGCUGACAACUGGGAAAAACUUGAUUUUCAAAAGGAGGUCAAUAACACGAGUAUCGCCUGGUCCCUGGGCUACAUGCUAGCUCAGUCUAACAUGAUCCCUGCUGAGGCAAAGCUCGUGAAGCUACCCAUUUCCAACAGUGUGUUCGUUGUUCUGCUCUUCCUGUUCUCCGCUCUCACCAUCAUCACCCUUACAUUCCUCAUCAUCACGCUGGUGCGGAUCUUUUACUGAUGUCUCUGAAAGCCCGACUCAGGAGCAUUUGAGCAGCAGCACUAGAAAAUAAAGCACAGUGAAAAGCAGGAAAACGUAUGUUUACCAUGCUGUCUGUGUCACUAGUUCAGCUAUUCCUGACAGGGCCCAGAAACAGGUUCAUACCACAAUAUUCACUGCCUGAAGUCUCGACAUCUCAGCCAAAGAGAUGCACAAUAGCACGUGUAGCCUCUGAUAUAUUAUUGCAGCUAAGUGAGGGAUUCCUCUUUAUUGCCAGAAUGCAAAAUAAAAUAUAGCUUUUAGGAUGGUGUAAUACUGGGAAAGAGGUCAAAGGACUUUGCAAAGAAGCUGAUUGAAGGUUUUAGCAUUUCUAGAUUUGCUGACUGUGUUUAGAUUUCAUGAAUUCGGUGUCAUGCUCUGUGAAGCUGACACUUAAAAGGAAACAAAGUGAAGGUGUUUAAAUUGGAUGGGCUUCAACAAACUAUAGCCAUUGACCAAUCACACAUUUUAUACAGCACGUCACAAUUGUUCAUGUAAUUCAAAUGACUCUACAUGACUACUAUUGAAACUAAAUUGAUCUAAACAACUUAUUUCUCAUUGACAAUUAUUCCGUUUAAACAUGCUUCUAUCCUGCUUCAGUAUGUGAAACACUGUUUAAGACACAAAGUUGUGUGAGAUUUUUCACAAUGCUGACAAAGCUCUAUUUAAAUCUAUUUCAAAUCAUACUGGAAUACUACAGUAAUAAAAGCCAAUAGAAAUACUGUAGGAUUGUGACAGUAUGUCUAGUAUUGUUCCACAUACAUUUUAGAAAGAGUUGAAGCUGUUAAAAGGAUUUAUCAUAUUUAGAACGUGAAGAAUUAAUAUUUACUAAGUGAUUGUACUUGCCAGUGCUACUACUAAAGCUACUGAUCUAUAUCCACUUCAUCUUCAUAUUCACUAUUUUGACAGAGUUAAUUAACAUUGAUGUGUUUUCUAUAUUGAAUGUGUUGCAAGAGAAAGUUGCAAGAGAAAGAGCUCUACUUUGUGGUUUUAUUAUAGAGCAAUAUAACAAACCAAGCCAAAGUGAUAAAUAGCAACUUGUAAAAAAAAAAAAGGAAAUAUAGCCUUUAAGAAUUUUCAGGGUAAUGUUCUGUACAAACCUGCCUUAUAACAUAUAAUAUUCACUCCUAAACCAAAACUAAUAUUAAUCCAUUAAAGAAAAGAAAACUAGUGGAAACAUGCUUUCCCAGCAUUAACUUUUGAAAUGGUUUACAUGGUUCUUUUCACAUAUUUGUACAGCUUAUUGGUUAAGCAGAGCUUAAAAUAAAAAUAUAUAUAUAUAUAUAUUUAAAAAGAAAAAAGGAGAAAAAGGUCCAUAGAUCAUGGUGGAAAAUGAUAUUGCUCAGGACACUGUUAUCAGACUCAAGAAAGCAUACUUACAGCAUCCAACAUUUUUGUUGUGUGUUUUAUGUUUGCCUCGUUGUCUUGCACUGUGUGUGUUUGAAAUAGGUUUGAACGCAUGUCAUAUUUCAGUGCACAUUUUA